AUGGGUGAAAAGAAACCAGAACCUCUGGACUUCGUGAAGGAUUUUCAGGAGUACCUGACGCAGCAGACCCAUCACGUGAACAUGAUUUCUGGGUCAGUUAGUAAAGACAGAGCCACAGAGGCUUUUCAGGGAGCUGGGCCAGAUGGAGAUCGAAAUGGGCUGGACCCUCUGUCUGUUGACGUUUCUCCGGAUGAAAACUCAGGAACGUUAGUGGACGAGUUUGAAAGGACUCCUGAUGGGAAACUCAAGUGCCGUUACUGCAACUACGCCAGCAGAGGAACAGCUCGGCUCAUCGAGCACGUCAGAAUCCACACGGGGGAGAAGCCUCAUCGGUGCGACUUAUGUCCGUUUGCAUCCGCUUACGAGCGCCACCUGGAAGCCCAUAUUCGUUCCCACACUGGAGAAAAACCAUACAAAUGCGAAUUAUGUUCCUUCCGCUGCAGCGAUCAGAGUAAUUUGUGCCAUCAUCGUAGGCGCAAGCAUAAAACGCUGUCGAUGAAAGCCAGUAGGUCUUCCUUGAGCAGCAAGAAGAUGUGGGGGGGUUCGCAGAAGAAAACGAGCAAUCUGGGGUACUGCAGAAGAGCACUCCUCAAUUUAAGCCCACCUUCCAUGGUAGUUCAGAAACCGGACUACCUUCAUGAUGUGACCCGUGAAAUCCCAAAUAUCCAGGCCUAUGAAAGUAUGGCGAAAACUGCACCCCCUACUGGCCUCCCAAGGGACCCCCCAAAAGUCAUGUUCUCCACUCUAACAGGACAACUGUCCAGCUUGCCACCUGAAGACCAGAAACCUGAAUCCCCUGAUGUAGUUCCUGGACCUGAUGAAAAGCAUUUCAUGAUUGAGCGGCCCUCUGCGGUGUGUGCAAGUAUUACUCAGAGCCCCUCUCCUACAAGCCCUGGGCCUGGGCCUCGGCCAGCACACAGUGAGAGGAAGUACAGCCCAGCAGCAGGUUGGAGCACCGAGCCAAGUGCCCACACCAGUACUCCCAUACUAGGAAACAGCCAGCCAAGCACUCUAGCCCCAACCCUGCCAGUGCAGGACCAUCAGCUUCUGCACCACUGCCCGCACUGUGACAUAUACUUUGUUGACAAUAUCCUUUACACGAUUCAUAUAGGAUGUCAUGGCUAUGAAAACCCUUUUCAGUGUAAUAUAUGUGGAUGCAAAUGUAAAAACAAAUAUGAUUUCGCCUGCCAUUUUGCAAGAGGGCAACAUAACCAACGCUGAAAACAAUCAGAUUCUGUGUUACUUGGUUUGGCUUUUGCGAGUUUUGUAGUUUGGUUUUUG